AUGAGUUUAAUUCUGAAUUUAAAUAGAGAGCAUAAGGAAGAACUUAAGGAAGAACUUAAAGAGCAUAAGAAAGAACUUUUGAAUUUAACAGAAAGCAAGAAUGAAAGUUUUUUGAGUUUAAAGAAUGAAUUUAAUGAGGCCAAAAAUUUAGCAGAAACCAGGGCACAACAUCUAUUGCAAACGGAGCAUAUAGUUAACAUAAGGGGUGCCUUGAAAUUUGUUUGUGCACAGAUUUUGAAAAAAGAUAAGUCGAUCGUCUUUACAGAACCCGUAGAUAAGGCUCUGAUGCGCUUAUUCCAAGAUGAAGAUUUUAAAGAAAGCGUGUGA